AUGAAGUCAGGUAACCUCUCAGGGACUGCAGAAUUUCUUCUCCUGGGAUUGUCGGGGGAGCCAGGGCUACAGUCCACCCUCUUUGGGCUAUUCCUGUCCAUGUACCUGGUCACGGUACUUGGAAACCUGCUCAUCAUCCUGGCCAUCUUCUCUGACUCCCACCUCCACACCCCCAUGUACUUCUUCCUCUCCAACCUGUCCUUGGUUGACAUCUGUUUCACCUCUACCACCAUCCCCAAGAUGCUGCUGAACAUCCGGACACAGAGUAAAUUCAUCAGUUACACAGGCUGCCUCACCCAGGUCUGCUUUGUCCUGGUUUUUGCUGGAUUGGAAAAUGGAAUUCUGGUCAUGAUGGCCUACGACCGAUUUGUGGCCAUCUGUCACCCACUGCGGUACAAUGUUAUCAUGAACCCCAAACUCUGUGGGCUAUUUGUUCUUCUGUCCUUGUUCAUUAGUGUUCUUGAUGCUCUGCUACACACUUUGAUGGCACUACGGCUGACCUUCUGCACACACCUGGAAAUCCCUCACUUUUUCUGUGAACUAGCUCAUAUUCUCAAGGUCGCCUGCUCUGAUACCCUCAUCAAUAACAUCCUGGUAUAUUUAGUGACCAGUCUGUUAGGUGUGGUUCCUCUCACUGGGAUAAUUUUCUCUUACACUCGAAUUGUCUCCUCUGUCUUGAAAAUCCCAUCAGCUGGUGGAAAGUAUAAAGCUUUCUCCAUCUGUGGGUCACACCUAAUCGUUGUUUCCUUGUUCUAUGGGAUAGGUUUUGGGGUAUACCUUAGUUCUGCAGCUACUCACUCCUCCAGGAAGAGUGUAGUAGCAUCGGUGAUGUAUACCGUGGUCACUCCAAUGAUGAACCCUUUUAUCUACAGCCUGAGGAACAAGGACAUGUUGGGGGCUUUGAGAAAACUCAUCUCUAGAUCAUCUUUCUGUUGA